AUGGCGCUCCCGCUUCCGCCAGUCCUGGCGCCCCAGGAGGCCGCUGAGUUCGGCCGAACUCUUGCACCGUAUGUGCUCUCGUCGCAACUGCUCGAGCUGCCCACGCGCAUCGUCGAGGCAGGCUCUGAUGUGCAAACUCUGCUGGGCCUGUAUUUGGCGACCAACCCCAUGCUGACAGCCCUGACCAUUGCGCUGGCCAUCUCUCCCCUCUUCGUGCUCGCCGCUGAGCUUCGCGGCAACUUUUCGCAGGUUGACUGCUGGUGGAGUAUCCUGCCCACCAUCUACAACGUGCACUUUUACGCGUGGGCGCAUUUGAACGGGCUACCUCUCGAUCGCUUAAGGGCAGUCGCUUUGUUUAGCGUCGUCUGGAGUAUCCGGUUGACAUUCAACUACUGGCGAAAGGGCGGAUACAAAUGGGGUGCCGAAGACUACCGAUGGCCCAUACUACGCGAGCGCAUCAACAACCGCCUCGUCUUCUUCAUCUUUGACGUCGUGUUCAUCGCAUUCAUACAGUCCCUUCUUUUAUGCGCCAUUACCGCGCCAACAUACAUCUUUACCAUCCUAGCUCAGCUUCCUAAAGGCGUCGCCGCCUACGGAAUUCCAGACCUCGUCUUCUCGCGUUUGCUAGUCUUCUACAUUCUCAUCGAGACAAUCGCCGAUGAGCAACAGUGGCGCUACCAGCAAGCCAAGUACAAGUUCAAGGAUACCGGUGUUGUUUCCGAGGGCUACGACAAGGAGGACCUCGAGCGCGGCUUUGUUGUCUCCGGCCUCUGGUCCUUUAGCCGCCACCCCAACUUUGUCGCUGAGCAGGCUAUCUGGUUCACGCUGUACGCGUGGUCUGCCUACCUCACCGAGACGUACUUCAACUGGGCCGGUAUCGGCGCUCUUGGCUACCUCUCGAUUUUCCAAGGCAGCACCUGGCUCACCGAAAAACUCAGUGCUGCCAAAUAUCCCGAGUACCGCGACUACCAGGCUCGCGUCGGAAGGUUCAUCCCCAGAUGGUCGACAAAGGCCAGGGGAGCCGGAUCCCGUGCUGAGAAAAAGAAGAAUGACUAG